CGUGCGAUACUAGGCGCGCUCCCGGCGAAAAUUCUGGGGGAUACAUGCGUUUGAGGCGAAGAACGAGGACGCGCGUCUGGCAGCCACACUAGGUAGAUCUUCACCAGCCUUCCUGCUUACACAAUAUAGGAAGGAGAGCGCAGAAACGCUACGGUGGACAGGUGAAGAUGGAGAAAGUAUUAGGACUCGCCGUGGUAUCCAGUAUGUUAUGUGUCGGCUCGGUUUUGGGGAAAUACGUCAAAGGUAUCGUCAACACAAAAGAGGACUGGGUUUUCCUCACAAGGUUUUGCUUCCUGACCGAUUUUGGCCGAUUGAACUUUAAGUUCCGAUACCCCAAGUCCCGAUGCUGUCAGAACAUAUUGCUCUACUUUGAUGAAAGCUCUCAGUGGCCAGCUGUGUACAAGAGGCCGGACAAGGACUGCUACCAGAAAGAGUCAGUACUGAGGCCUGAAAAUAACCAGGUCAUCAACCUGACCACCCGUUACACCUGGUCUGGCUGUAUGGUGGAAGGUGAAGGUAAUGAAGAGAUGCUGAGUUGUGUAGGAGGUCGAAGUUUUCGUUCUGUCAGAGAGAGAUGGUGGUACAUUGCGCUCAGCAAGUGUGGGGGAGAUGGGCUACAGCUGGAAUAUGAAAUGACGUUAACCAAUGGACAGUCCUUCUGGACCCAGCAUUUCUCUGCAGAUGAAUUUGGCAUCCUGGAGACAGACAUCACGUUCUUGGUCAUAUUUGCCACUGUGUUUACACUGUCUUGUUAUUUUGCUUAUAAUUUAAAGGGAAGACAGCUGCUCCAUACGACCUAUAAGAUGUUUAUGACUGCGGCUGGAGUGGAGGUCUUAAGCCUGCUCUUCUUUUGCAUUUACUGGGGCCUUUAUGCCAGGGAUGGCGUCGGGAACGGCAGCCUCAAGAUAUUAGGGAAAUUACUCUUUUCUGUGAGCUUCCUGAUUUUCUUGCUCAUGCUGAUUCUCUUGGGGAAGGGAUUCACAGUCACCAGGGCAAGAAUAAGUCACAGUGGCUCUGUUAAACUAUCCAUUUAUAUGACAGUGUACACCAUCACCCACAUCAUUCUCUUCAUAUAUGAAGCAGAGUUCUUUGAUCCAGGCGAGGUGCUGUAUGCUUAUGACAGCCCUGCAGGGUACGGUCUAAUGGGUCUGCAGCUGCUUGCGUACGUUUGGUUCUGCUAUGCUGUGCUGGUGUCCCUCAAACACUACCCUGAAAAACAACCUUUCUACAUCCCCUUCUUCACUGCGUACACUCUGUGGUUUUUUGCUGUGCCAGUCAUGGCUCUAAUUGCCAACUUUGGUAUCUCACGCUGGGCCAGGGAAAAGAUUGUAAACGGCAUCCAACUUGGCAUCCAUCUCUAUGCCCAUAUCGUCUUCCUUGCCAUCACACGUCCAUCAGCAGCCAAUAAGAACUUUCCUUACCAUGUGCGGACGUCACAGAUAGGAAUCCUUCUCUCCAGUCCUAAAGGCAUGGGGGCAGAAAGCUUCCCACAUCAUGCUUAUGGGAAUAGCUCCUUCCUGGGAGACUCUCAGCCAAACUUCACAGAGCUCUUCUCCAUCCACUCAGAGCCUGUCAAGACGAUAGAUGAGACGGUGGCUCGGAAGGGACAAGAAGCGCCAAGGAACAGCGAGCACAAGAUCAUCACCACGACGGCAGACCUGUCGUCUACAUUCUCCCCUCUUCCUCCUCCCAUACCGCCACGCAGCUCUGCACACUCUCCUCCUCCUCCUCCUAGAUUAACGUCCCACUUCACCGAGUAUUUUAGUAUGCAAGGGGCCACGGCGAUGGGUUCCAAUGCCUAGAGCGGGCCGUAGAGGAACGGGCCAUGCGGAAACAACUUUCAAACAUCUAUGAGGUGGAAAAGGGUUCAAUAUUUCAAUAGAUUAGGUUAAGGCAAGCGUGAAAAAGUAAAGCCAUUUUCAAAAAAAGUUACCAAACAUCCGUAUCUUUGAAUUUGUAAAGAGAAAUGCAAGCUGCAGAACAUCAAGAGAGUGGGGCAUAACCUGCUCACACUGCUCCUAAAAAAUAAGAAGCAAUAAAUAUUUCAGCGAGAUGACGAGAGUCACUGGAGGGAGAUGAUAUACAGGCAGUGCAAUAGAGCGACAGGACAUGACGGUGAAUCUAGAGUAUAGAUAUUUCAAGCUUAAUGUGACAGUAGGAUAGCGAUGUGUACAGUAACAGUACAGUGAGCUCUUGACAUAUUUUUUAAUGCUUUGUUCACUUCAAGUGGUGCCGUUAAUAUUUGUAUUUCCUUGCCAUUUUAAUGCAACAGAACCAAGUAUUCAUCUCCCACUAAUUUUUUUUUUUUUUUUUUUUUUUUUUACAAAUUUUGUCUGUAAAGUUGAGAUCAUUUAGGGUUUAUAUAUUUUUAUUCACAUUGAAUACAGCUAGACUUUGCAAACUAAUGUUAAACUGCAAUGGCAAGUUAACUGUGGAACAACUAGGCAGUAUUUGUAUACCAUGCAUGUUUGUGCUUUGUCUACAUUCUGAUAUAUUCAAUGUAAUUUUGGGUGUGUCUAGUUUUUACAACUAGCAGUCUUAAUUUUGUAUACAGUACACCCUGUUUAUAGCUACAGUAUGUAGAGAAUAUUUAACUUGAGCAGACGAUGAAUGAUGACAUCCUCAUAUUCAUCCUGGUCUUUCUGUAUUGUCUACUCCAUAAUAGCAGUUUAGUUCAGAUAAUACAGUGCUGGGGUUUGUGGAGUUUAAAAUUUUUUUUUUUUUUUUUUUUUUUUGCAAACUUUGUUAUACAUUUGUACAUGUAAUAAUGCUCACAGCGAUCAUGGAGCAGAUACUUUUAUUCUGUCUGUGAGUAGAAAGUAGAAUCAUUCAGUCCACUGGGGUUGUCGUAAGGUUUGUUUACUUGAGUGUGAUGAAAAUAUAGCUCUACUCUUACAGAAACACUUUGUAUUGACUGCAUGGAGCACUUUACUGUUUUUAAACACUUGUUUCAUUACCAUCAGAGACCCUUGAAAAUGCAAUCGUAAUGCAAUAGAGUGACUUACAAAUGUACAGGUAAAAUGUGAAGGUUUUAUCUGUAAAAUGCCCAUUAUCACUGCUGUAUUUGUUUUAUUUAAAAAAAAAAAAAAACAAGCUGUGGAUCGUAUUUAUGUUAUAUAUAAUAUCAACAAAUCCUAUAUAAUCUCCAUCUGAAAUUGACUUGUUUUAAAUAUAAUCCUAUAAGUUAUGUACAUAAUGACAUAUUUAUAUUCAAAAUAGUUUUUUUUAAAGAGAGGAACCAUACUUGAAGAAUCAUUAAAGCUAGGUUCUUGUGGUUUAUUUUAUUUUUAUUUUUUUUGUAUUAACAGAUAGACUUGGGCCUGAAACGCUUGAUUUGCAAAUUGAUUUUAUCUGGAAGCCACCAGAAAAGGUUAUUCUAAGAGGCUUUGCCAUGAUUUUUCCAUCUCUUCAGUGAGUGUGCACAUCUAGCAGAGAAGAGAGAGCACACUUUUUGAAUGUAUGAUAGAUAUUAGCACAUCACAUUCGGGAGCACAGAAAGAUUCAGUUAAGCACAUUUCUGUUGCACUGUUCAUACUGAAUGCAUUUUAAUAGUGUCAAAUGACUUGGCAGUGCAUACACUUUUUGCCAAAUUAAAAUGGUCUGUUUUACUACAA